AUGCCUGGUGCUAUAUCCAAUGAUACUCCCACGACCGCGUCUGCGGAGCGGAUUUGGGGGAUUUAUCAUAUUACGCAUCCGCGCUCGGCGUCGAAUCUCUUCCAGAACAUGAUGGGCCAGCAGCCGGGGUUCCAGUAUUUGAGCUAUAAGUUGUUUGGAGCGGGGUUUGAGGCGUUGACGCAGUUGCAGAGGGGCCCGUUGGGAGAGUUGCCAAAGGAGGAUCGAGAGAAGUUGUUUGGGUUGUUUGAGGCGGGGUUUGAGGGGAUGCACGAGGAGAUUGAGGGAGUGGUGGCGGGUGGCAAAAAGGUGUUUAUGAAAGAACAUGCAGUCUUUCUCUCCGCCGCCGAUAAACUCAUAGGCCGCAUCCACAAAAACGACAAUGUCGCUCCCUUAAUCGUACAUGAGCGCGGUGUCGCACCCAGCAAGUCAUCUCACACGAACCCGACUUCGCUGCCCGACAGUUUCCUGCUGAAGUUCCAGCCGAUUUUCCAGAUUAGGAACCCAGUCCUCAUGUUCCCCUCGCUUGUCCGCGCGCAAAUGGACGUCAAGGUAUCAGGUCGACCCGGCGACCCCGUCGGUCAAGUCAUGCUUCAGCUACGCGACUCACGCACUUUGUACGACUGGUACGCUGCUCAAACUGCAAACACAGGAAUUACCCGACGCAUCAUUGACGCCGACGACGUCAUGAACGAUGCAGCCUCCAUGCGCAAACUCUGCUUGGAAACAGGUCUCGAUCCCAAUGCCAUUGUGUUUGAAUGGGAGGAGCGCACAGUCGAGGACCCAGUGCAAGCCAGGUUUUUUUCUACGCUGGCGAAGAGUAAAGGCAUUGUGAAGGGCUUGGAUGCGAACGGGAAAAGUGUAGAGGGGGAGAUGGAGAAGUGGGUUGAGGAGUUUGGGAGGGAGAACGCGGAGGAGUUGGCGAGGUUGGUGGAGAGGGCUAUGGGGGAUUAUGAGUAUUUGCACAGUAAGAGGACAGUGGCGGGAGAAAAGGAGUAGAUUUUUCUAUGUCAGUUUGAUAGGAGUGUUGGAAGGAGGACCAUGAGGCAAAAAGCGGAUGGAGUUAAAUUGUAAAAUUACCAAAUGUAGUUUUGAGUUUUAUUGUAGUGAGACAACGGAAUUUCCAGAAAGGUGUCUA